AUGUCUCUGGUGAACUCGGUGGAGGACUUAGUGUGGGGCCGACUUGACCAAGCCGAAUUCUUCAAAAAAGUUGUGGAAGAUGACAAUGUAGAUCUGGAUGCCUUGGCUGGUAAAGUACGGUCAUUGCAAUCUGAUCUCCACAUUCAGUUGAGGAAGGGGGUAGGUUAAGAUUUUUAAUUGAUUUGGGAUUUAAUUAUAGGAAUAAUUUAAAUACAUUUAUUAGUUUAGGUGGAAGAAAACUACCCAAAGUUGCUGGAGCAAGUUGGAGCCAUAGAAACCUUGGAUCGGAUUCAGAGUGGAUUCGACGAAGAGAUGAGAAUGGUCGAUUUUAAGGCUAAACAGGUCAAGAAGUUCUUCGCCGAGGCUUACCAACAGCUGAAGACCGAUUGUAACAACAUGGAGAGUCUGGUCAUGUUUUCUCGAGUCAUUUCAGAUGCCUUACGGUAAGAACUCUCUAGAUUUGAGAAGUUUUAAUUGGUUUUAUAAAGUUAUAUUCUUUUCUUAAAAUUGAUUAUUUUAGAUGUCAAGACUUGAUCGUGGUAUGGGAACGAGAAGAACGAGACAUGUUAACCAGGGCGGAGUCUGUUAACGAACUGAAGGCCUUAUGUACUGAUAACGCCAUCUUUUCUUCGGUUACUUGGAUCAAAGACGGAUUCUUGCAGCGGAUUCAUGUUAUCUACUCUCAGACGUGUGCUGAGACGAUUUCCGAGUUGAAGGUGGCUCUGUCUACCUUGAACGUAUCUUAUGUUAACACAUGUUUGAAGGCAUUGUCGUACCUCUACGACCACGAAGGAUGUACGAAAGAACUUAGGAUCAUUAUGGACGAAUCCCUCCAGGCAAUCGACCUUUUGUUUAUGAAUUUACUUUCGGCCAAGACCAACGACGGAGUGCUACGACAGCUUACAAGGAUCGGAAACAAACUUCACAGUUGCCUGGAACAGUUUCAUAUCCUGGGUAGGCUUAUUUUUAAUUAAUUUAUACAGUGUACUGUUGCACGUUAUUAUUGAUACUACGCUUUAUAUUAUUUUUCUUUAAUGAUUUUAAAUUUUAUGCAAUUUUCAGGAGCUGAGAAUGCUUUGUACUUCUCCAAUAAGAUUGCUACGAUUCUGAGGAAUCGGAUGCCAGUAGAAACAGAAUACGUGAUGAGGUUGGUGCAGACUAUCAGCAAGUGUUUGUUACCCCACCCUGAAGCCAUUGUGAAGCCGAUUCGGGACGCCUUAGGGCCUCUUAAGACCGCCAUCUUGAGUCAGUCGUUGGGCCGUUUGUUUGAUCUUGUGAACGACACCUUCUCCCAGGAAGAUUUAAAGGGCCCCGUUAUUGUGGAAAAGGUACGACAUUAUACUGACUUUAUUGGGACCAUAUAUCGGGUGGGAUUGACUUUAUAUUGAGCUCAUUCAUUUGGUCGAACGAUGUGUUAAUUGCAGCUGAAUGGAGCCAUUAAGGCCGAGAUUAACAGCUUCUCCUGGGACAACGAAUUGCAAAAGCAAGUCGAAGGAAAUGUUGCCAAAACUCUGCAAAUCAUCGCGGCCAAGGUCGAGGAGCAGAUUAUCGUGAAUCCAGAAGUGUUGAGGUUCAGUGGCAGAGUUAGCAAAGCUCAAGCAGCCAACUAUCAGCUGUUGAGUGUUGCGUAUGCAUUCAGAAAGUAAGAAAAGUAAUGAACAAUUAAGAGGUUUUAAAACUAGUACAAUAAAAAAAACUUAAUUCUUUUUUGUACCAUUUUUUUCUGCCAUUUUAAUUUUAAAGUACAAGGAUACACUGUUAUUUUAAUCGUUUUUAGACAAUGGCCUUUGUACUCGGAUUGCAUCCGAGCCUUCAUCGAUCCUCAACUGAAGCUGAUGGUCGACACGAUGAAGGAUACCAUCGUACUAGUACUGGAUUCGAUGCACGAGGAAGAGUUGGACCGAGAACUAGUCCAGUCUCCGUGUUCUUUGUAUAUGGGGGAACUGUGCGAUCACCUGAAAGUGUUCCGUACUCACAUAAACAGCAUCGAACCGUUGGCCGAGUCUUUGGAAACGCUGCCCAACUUCAUUAACUACAUCAUCGAACAGUUUCUACUCAACUGUACUCUCUCGGCCAAGUUCACUAAGACUGUGCAAGGACGAUUGCUAAAGGAUUUCGAUUAUCUCUGUAGGAUUCUACAGGUAAGAUCAGUUAGUGUAGUUAUUUAUUUUUAUGUUUGUUAAGUGAUUAUCCAUUUAUUAAUUUUAGAGUCUGAACUGUAACUCUGCCAAGUUUUUGAAUAACAAAAAGGCCUUGAUGGAGCUGUUGGCAGCCGGUGAUGUUGAUUAUGCAAAUGUGGACAAACAUAUACCAGUCUGGUUAGUAUGUCAUCGCGGAGUUCGAGACACACCUCUCCAAUUACCGUACGAAUCGGCUGGCUGGACUAGAAAAGAGUACAUAAAUUGGUUUAACAGUCAAAACGACGCCGACCGAAUGGAGUUCCUUCUUAAUUUGGUCAAGAUUUAUGAGAGUUCCGACAAGCCCCACGAUGUCCACGUGGACCGGCUGAAGGCCUUCAUUCUGGCAGCCAAGGCUUGA